AUAAUAUAUAUAUAUAUUAGAUGUGUGUAGAUAGGCUUUCAGCAUUUUCAGCUAUCUUCACCCCUUUGUUCACACUCAGUCUUAAGCAGAACCUUUCUCCGCUCUUGGCAUCUCCUUGUGUUAAUCGUUUGUCUAGAGAGAGAGAGAGAGAGAAAUUAACAGGUAAAGCAGAGGGAGAAUCGUGAAAGAUUCAUAAGGUGGAUCUAAGACAAGGGAAGAGGCCAUUGCCGCCGUCCGAUCAUGAAUCGGAUGAGAAAGAGGAAACACCCCAUCAGUUCUACACGGCUAGGUCUCAACAAGAAACCAACGCCAUGGUUCAAGCCCUAACUCACGUUAUUGGAAACGAUAAUGAUAAUAAAAAUCCACUACCUGGUCAACUUCAUCACCAUAAUCAAUACCAAUACCAAUCUCAACAUCAACCUCAAGGGAACGUGAGGAGAAUACAUUAUAGAGGAGUUAGGCAGAGGCCAUGGGGCAAAUGGGCGGCUGAAAUAAGAGACCCAAAUAAGGCUGCUCGCGUUUGGCUUGGAACCUUUGCCACAGCUGAAGCCGCUGCCUUAGCUUAUGAUGAAGCUGCUCUUAGGUUUAAAGGAAGCAAAGCAAAGCUUAACUUCCCUGAAAGAGUUCAACGAAGUUCAGGAUCAGGUUAUCUCACAAUUAGCCAUGUAGUGGAACGGGCGCCACCGCCGCUUCCACCACCACAUUCUCAACCAACGUUUCCCAAUAUAUCUGAUGAUCAGCUUCUUAGCGGCGGAAGCAAUGGUGGAGAAGCUGUCAGCCGUCCAGCUUUUACUUCACAGUAUCCCACAAUUCUAUCUUCAUCUUCAUCUUCCCCAACAUUAACAUCUAAGCUACAACAAGAGGACUUGGGUGGGUUUUUGCUGAAGAAUAUUGGUGGUUCAUCACCGAGUUCGGAUCCUCCGAAGAAUAAGAGACAAUGUUACGAUUAUUACUAUUCAGGAGAAUAGUUUAGUCGGCUUCAGGUUUACUUUAUAAUUUGGGAAACAAAUUAAACUGUCCACAAUUAUCUUUUUUGGAUUUCUCUUUUGCUUUCAUUUAUUUUCGUUAAUGCUUUUUUGUUUAAAACCCCCUAAUUAUCAACUCUUGGUUUUUUUUUCAA